UUAGCUGACAGCCAUGGGCGUCUAUCGCCUGUUCCAACCAGUCGGCUCCCAUGUCCAUCCUCUUUCCGGAUUUGAAACAAUAUACGGGCCUUUAUUGUAAGGGACUAGCAUCAUCCGUGCUAAGCCUUUUCUAUACGGAUCCUCUCCGGCACCGUCCUCCGCGAUCCAGUUCGUGCUUUAGCCAGGUCCUUCAACUUGAGUAGUAGAUACAGUAUACUUCCAUUGCAGAUCAUGUCCUAUCACGUCCUCUUCCCGGAAUACCGGGCAAGCAAUGAGAUUUCUUGGCUUCAUCGGAGCCACGACAUGAUGCCAUUUAUUAAUCGACCUAGCUCCCCUUUCUGUAUAGUCCAUCAGCCACGCUACCUUAGGUCUCGGACGCUUGGACGGUAACCUCAAGAUGCCGUCUUUUUCACGUAUCGCGACUGCUGUACUAGCAGCUGCUACUACUUUCCGGGCCUGCCUCGCCCAAGAUGCCGUCCCCUACACUGAUGCCACCACGGGCAUUGAGUUUGGAACAUGGGCUCAAGGUGACCAGACCUUUGGUCUUGCUCUGCCUGAGGAUGCCUUGACCAAAGAUGCCUCGGAAUAUAUCGGUAUACUACAAUGUUCCACGGGCUGGUGUGGUAUAUCUCAUGGAGAGUCCGGACAAAUGACCCAGGCUUUGCUGCUCAUCGCCUGGCCCUAUAAGGAUCAGGUCUUAACGUCGUUCCGAUUCGCAACUGGUUACAACUUGCCGGGUGUAUAUACCGGAAAUGCAACACUGACCCAGAUCUCGUCUAAAGUUACCGAGACCGGCUUCGAAGUCAUAUAUCGAUGCCAGAACUGUUUCGCUUGGAACCAAGAUGGGACCAGCGGCAGCGUCCAAACUAGCGGUGGAACGCUCGUCAUGGGCCGAGCUUCGGCAAAGACGGUCCCCAGCCACCCCGAAUGUCCCGCCGAUAUCAGCUUUGUACAACACCAGAGCUUCGGACAGUUCGGUGCUCCUUUGAAAGAUAUUGGAAAGGCCAAAUACCCUGACUGGGCUGCGUUGGCAACAAAGAAUGUCACGGGUGAAUGUGGUGGUUCUACUACGCCGCCGCCGUCGGCAACCCCUGUGUGUGCUAAGGAGAUGGCCAACCAGACGUUCGACUACAUCGUUGUUGGUGCCGGAGCCGGAGGUAUCCCCAUUGCGGAUCGAUUGAGCGAGAAGGGCCAUAGCGUCUUGCUACUUGAGAAGGGGCCGCCGUCCUCGGGUGUAUGGGGUGGAAACAUGAAGCCACUCUGGCUUGAGAAGACAGACCUCACUCGAUUCGAUGUUCCCGGUCUUUGCAACCAGAUCUGGGUUGAUUCAAACGGUGUAGCUUGCCUAGAUACUGACCAAAUGGCCGGAUGUGUCCUUGGUGGUGGUACGGCUGUUAAUGCAGGGUUAUGGUGGAAGGCCAACCCGAAGGACUGGGACGAGAACUUCCCCGCCGGAUGGCACAACUCGGAUCUUGUAGGAGCUACAGAUCGAACCUUCACACGUAUCCCAGGAACUACGAAGCCCUCUCAAGAUGGUGAAGUAUAUAUGCACCAAGGAUUCGAUGUCAUCGCAAACGGGCUGAAGGCGGCUGGAUGGAAGAAUGUCCCAGUCCCCAAUGACGCUCCAACCGAGAAGAACCACACUUACGGUGCCACGACAUACAUGUUCUCUGGUGGCGAGAGAGCUGGACCUUUGACAACUUACCUAAGCACAGCGGCCAAGCGUGAUAACUUUGCGCUCUGGAUGAACACCCCCGCCCGAAGAGCCCUUAGAGAGGGUAGCCAUAUCACUGGUGUUGAAUUGGAUUGCACAGUAGAGGGUGGCGGAUACGGCACUGUCAGCGUUACUCCCAAGACUGGACGAGUUAUUGUUUCGGCUGGAACUUUCGGCUCAGCGAAAUUCCUUCUCAGGAGUGGUAUUGGACCUAAUGACCAACUCGAGGUCGUUGCUUCAUCGCCAUCUGAUGGAAAAUCAUACGUUGCAAAGGAAGAUUGGAUUAACCUGCCAGUGGGAUACAAUCUAAUUGACCACGUCAACACCGAUACUUACUUCACCCAUCCUGAUGUUGUAUUCUACGACUUUUACGAGGCAUGGACGACGCCUAUCCCCUCCGACAAGCAGAAAUACCUAGCAAACCGUACCGGUAUUCUCGCCCAAUCUGCCCCUAACAUUGGCCCUGUGUUCUGGGACGAAAUUGAGGGAGCGGAUGGAGUGGUCCGUCAAAUUCAGUGGACAGCUCGUGUUGAGGGCGAGGAUCAAACCAACAGCACCAACACUAUGAUUAUGAGUCAAUAUCUUGGUAGAGGCCAAGUAUCCCGUGGUCGAAUGACCAUCAACUCUGGACUAAGCACUGUCGUUUCCACGCCUCCCUACCUUCGAGACCCGAAUGACAAAGCAGCUGUUAUCAAGGGUAUUGAGAACCUACGAAACGCCCUAAGCAGCGUCAAGGAUCUCGAAUUCCGAUUCCCGUCCACAAACCAAACCACGGAAUCUUAUGUCGAUGCUAUUGAAGUGACGGCGGCUAAGCGACGCUCAAACCACUGGUUGGGUACGGCUAAGAUAGGUACAGAUGAUGGUCGCAAGGAUAACGGAACGGCCGUUGUUGAUCUUAACACCAAGGUUUACGGUACCGACAACCUCUUCGUUGUUGAUGGGUCGAUCUUCCCAGGAAUGGUCACUGGUAACCCCUCGGCUAUGAUCGUUACCGCCUCAGAAUUUGCCGCCCAGAAGAUCCUAGCUCUGGCUCCAAGGGUCCCGGCGAAGAUAACAAAGAACACAGGGGCUCAGAUUCUAUCUCUAUAG